CUCCGCAGGGCGACGUCGAGGAGGGAGGUCAGCAGCAGCGGUCAAGCAUGGGCAGCUGCAGCCUGCUGGUGCUGGUGCUGGUGGCGUCGGCCGUCGGUUUUCAACUGCCUGUGGACGUGGAGCCCGAUUUACCUCUCUCGGUGAAUCUGGACUUGGACGUUAAAGAAUACUGGGAGCUCUUACUGAACUGGCUCAGUUCACACUCAUCCCAGCCCGGCUUCGGCAAAAUCCUGAUGGCCAGCCCGCGAGCGCGUGCCACGGCGAGCGAUGACCAGAGCCACCUAUCGGGAAAAACAUCAACUAUGGAUUCCACCAUGCCGCAAGUGGGGAGCCUGUUCUCGCAGCGGCAAGUUAGUAUGCAGGUGGUCGAGCAGGCGCCGCGCCAAGAUGAUGACGCUAGAGUCUUAGACCUGGACGAGACAAAACUGAGCCAGGGUGACAUCAGCGAAAUGGUCGCGGACCUGAUUGCCAAGCAGCUGAAAGACGCCGGCGUGUCUGCGGAGGACUUAGCCGCCUUUAUCGCCAACCAGACGGCCGGCAGGGACGUGGGAGACGAGCAGUUUCCCGACAGCGGCGACGACCAGACCUCACAGGAGCCGAGCCGGACGGACCCAGCAGAUGACAGCAACGGCCCAGGCAGGUCCGGAACGGAGGACGAUGAGGAAAAGGAAGGAGAGGACGAUAAGAGCCGGACGUCCGCGCGGCACCCGAGGGUGCUCAGCGCCUCCGCACCAGCCAGCGGAGGGCCUGAUGUAUUCAAUAACGGCACCGACUACUUCAAGUGGCUGGAAGAUAUCAUGAAGCAAGUGGAGGAUAAGAUGGCUAAAAAGGGAAACACGGCGGAUGACACAGCGAUGAACGAAAGACCACCACAAUCGAACGAUCAAUCAACCAGGGGUGAUGAAAAUACAAAGGAGGCUUCUUCAUUGGAACCGCAGGGUUUGAAGGACUGGCAAAAGUCUGAGGAUGCUCACGGAGGUUUCGAUAACAUUCCUAAAGCUGUCCCCAUGAUUGUCAUGUCUGGAAACACAUACAUAAAGGACAUUGGGAACUUCAGAAACACAUACACCUACGGACAACUGCCCCUGAAAGUUCGCACGCUGGAACCAAAUGGCAACGACUCCGGUCUUAAGCUCGACGACUCCGAGACCAACGACAACACGCCCGUCAAGUCGAGCAAGCGAGACGGCAACACCCGGCGCGGAGAUAGUCUCGAGUCGAGCAAGCGGGACGGCAACACCCGGCGGAGGGAUAGUCUCGAGUCGAGCAAGCGGGACGGCAACACCCGGCGCAGGGAUAGUCUCGAGUCGAGCAAGCGGGACGGCAACACCCACCGUCUGAGAAGUAGUGCGCCAAACGCCCAGGUUCGCGGUCACGACGACAGAACUGAUGGUCACAACAACGGCAAGGAUAAUGGUCAGGACAGCUCAACCUACCACAGCCAGGUGCAUGGACACGACGAUGGAGACAGUAGAGGGGAUAAUGGUCGGGGAAGCUCGACCUAUCAUAGCGAAGUUCAUGGACACGACGAUGGAGACAGCAGAGGGGAUAAUGGUCGGGGUAGCUCAACCUAUCAUAGCGAAGUUCACGGUCACGACGAUGGAGACAGCAGACAGAAUAAUGGCCAAGACAGCUCAACUUACCACAGCGAGGUGCAUGGACACGACGACGGAGACAGCAGCGGGGACAGCAGGAGCAGGAAUGGUCAGGGUCAAAGAAUGAUCCGCGGACAUGACGAUGGAGGCACCAACAGCAGCCCAGUUCACGGCCACGACGACGGGGGAACCAACAACAGCCCAGUCCACGGCCAUGACGACGGCGGAACCAACAGCCCAUUCCACGGCCAUGACGACGGCGGAACCAACAACAGUCCAGUCCACGGCCAUGACGACGGCGGAGCCAACAACAGUCCAGUCCACGGCCAUGACGACGGCGGAACCAACAACAGUCCAGUCCACGGCCAUGACGACGGCGGAACCAACAACAGUCCAGGCCACGGCCAUGACGACGGAGAAACCAACAACAGUCCAGUCCACGGCCACGACGACGGAGAAACCAACAACAGUCCAGUCCACGGCCAUAACGACGGUGGUUCCGCCGGCCCGCUGCGGGAGCCGGCGGUACAAACCACCGAGAGGCGCAACAUCAGCAUGACGAUGACGAACGUCAGCCUGGCCGUGCUGGGCUGCGCCGUGUUCGUGCUGGGCGCGGCGCUGGUGGUGCACCGAGUCCGGAAGUCACGGCUCGGUCCGUUCCGACGCGCAGACUACAUCAUCAUUUGAAGAUGCUGGUGAAGAUUUCUUUCCGGCCGUCUCCACUCUGGGCUGCUCCAGGCCAGGCUGAACCACCCCUCCUCUGAAGCCUCUCGCUCCCCCGAGCGUCACAGUGUUGUGUGUUGCGUCAUUCGUCGCAGUGUUGUGUGUUGCGUCGUUCGUCGCAGUGUUGCGUGGAUACGCUGGUGCACAGUGUGCUGCGAUUCGAGCCGAGCUGCAAUCAUAUAAACCCCCACAAACACUGCGUAAAAUUAAUCUAAAACUUCCUAGGACUAGUCGUUUGGUGUAAUUUCCCACUGCUACACAUGACGAGGACAGCGUCCAGAGGCAACGGUGCGUGCUUUGAAAAACCGUCAUGCCUGCGAGCUGUACCUUGCUGCGUAUAUGAAGAGACAUCGAUACGUGUAUGUUUAUGUUAACAAUUACGCAUGGGACUUAGCAAUGAUGAUAUCGUGACUCGAGUCAUAUACGUAAUGAGAUCGCAGUA